GAGACGGGAAGGAAUGCCUCAUUCUGGUCAGUCCAAGAAUAUAUAAGUAAAAAUACUGAUAAAAAAAGUUGCGAAUGAUCUUGUCACGUUCUUUCAGGGAAUGGGACCUGUUGACCUCAUCAACAAAGUGAAACAAAGCUGUGGGGAGAAAAAGCUGAGGAAAAGCAUGAGCAAGUUGGGGCUCAAGCAGAUUACCGGUGUGAAUCGCGUCACCAUUCGCAAAUCGAAAAAUACUUCAUUCACCAUCGCCAAGCCGGACGUGUACAAAAAUCCUGGCAGCGAUGCCUACGUCGUUUUUGGAGAAGCAAAGAUUGAAGAUGGUCAACAGGGUCAAAUGACUGAAAUUUUCUCCACCUCCGAGCUGAACCCUAGCACGAUUCAUGGAGAGGACACUGAUGAAGAGGCCGACAGUGGAGGCAUUAUUCCCGGAUUUCUGCCCGAACAUACAUUCGUCUUGAUUCGUGAAAUGACGUCGAGAAUAGAAGUUCAUCAAAUUCGUGAACGAAUGGUUGAAGGUCUUCAGAUUUCGAAUCAACUUGUCCUUGGCGGUGCUUCCGGUUGGGUGGGAGCCUAUUUGGUGAAGAAUUUUGGAAAGAUGGCUCUCACCGCGGUGGGAGGCGGAUUUCUGAUUUUGACCUUUGCCAUCAAAAAAGGUUUUAUCGAAGUGAAUUGGAAUAAGGUUUUGGUCGAACUUCAGAAGCGAGGGGAGGUUCAUCAGAAACAAAAAAAAUCUCGUACUUCCGAUCUCACCAAUGACACUUCCACUAUUUCAUCAUCAUCGUCAACCACUUUGGGGGACGACUCCACCCUCAGCGGCGGAGAGGAUUGGACCGUUGAGAAAAUCCAUGAGGUUAAAAAGUGGAUGAGUGAACAUUCCGUGGCCGUUGUUGGAUCGAUGGUCGGCUUCUUUUACAACAUUAUAUAAUUUCUCUGGGAAAAAAAUUCCAAGCAAAAAGCGAUCUUCUUAUAAUACAUAAAAAUACUACAUAUCAAACUAUAAAGUGAUGUUAUUUUGCAAAUAGAUAUGAAAUUAUGAAAUAUUGUGAUAAAAUAAGGCUUUUGAGAAAGUAUCAUAAAUGAUAAGUAUUACGACAACA